UGCGCUUGCGCGUGGAUGGCAGGCAGCCAAUCAAAUGCAGGCUACUAGAAGGCGGAAUGGCAGAAGCUCUGAGCAAAGUCCCCGACGUUGAAAUAGAUUCCGACGGAAAGUUCAAAUACAUACUGGUGAAGUUAAAAGUGAAAGAUGGAGAGGCUCACAAAAACAUUGUCAGAGGCACAAAAAGUGCAGAGUUCCACAACCACAUCUUUGAGAAGGUGAAUCCAGCCAUGCAAGCCCUUGGGCUGGAAUGUGUCUGUCUGGGAGGAGGCAAGAUUGAGCAUAACAAUCAAGAGAAGAAGCUGCGAGUAUUUGGGGAAUCAACUGGCUAUGGAAAGGCUGAUCAUGCGGUGACGGUGGAGAAGCUGAAACCAGUAUUCAAAGACUACGAAAUAAGCUGGUCUGAUGAUAAGAAAUAGGACUGAAUGUUUUCACUGUAUUUCUGUGGGGAUUGCUAAUCACGGGUGAAGCAAUUUGAAAGAAAAUAAAUGUGUUGGUCCUGGGACUUGAGUAAAAAACAAUAAAAGAUAUUGGCAUA